AUGGCUGUAGAAAAUAAUGACGCAUGCGCAGAUGGGGAGAACUUGGCGUUUAAUAAACCUACAUGGCAAGGCACUUCACACGACCCCGCAUAUUCCGGUCCUAUGAAAGCUGUAGACGGUAAGAAAAGUGACAGAUCAUAUGUUGGUGGACAGUGCAGUGUGUCAAAGGGUGGACAAAGAGCAGCUACGUGGUGGGUUAACCUGGGUGGAAUUCUUAGUAUAAACAACAUAUUGAUCUACUACAGGACCGAUAAUCUUGUAUGGAAUGAGAACAAUAAAUACACAACACGAUUCUUGGGAUUCUCUGUCUAUAUAUCCAACACAACAGACAAAUAUGAUGGAAUAUCAUGUUUCCAUGAUACAAGUUAUACUAAAUUUAACAUACCCGACCAUGUUAACAUCAGCUGUCCUGCACAUGGUCAGUACGUCAUCUAUUACAACGAAAGAUUGCAAGGGGUACCGUACCCUGGAGAUUAUUAUCCUGAUGCAUUUGUUGAACUGUGUGAAGUAGAAGUUUAUGGGUGCCCAGUAACUGGAUAUUAUGGAUCUAAUUGUUCUCUUCCCUGUCCUGGCUCAAACUGUCGAUAUUGUCACAUACAAUCUGGUGUCUGCCAGGGAUGUAAGUCUGGGUACCAGGGACAUCAAUGUGAACAACGUAAGAUUUUCAUUAUUAUUAUUAUGAUGAUUAUUAUGGUUGUUGUUGUAAUUUAA